UCGUUGCCAUGGCAGGAAAUCUUUCCGCUAUAGAAAACUCCUUCUUUUAAAUGUGUGAAUUUGGUGUCGAUUUAUUGACAGCUUCAGCUGAUCUUGUAUAAUGGCAAAGGUACAUCUGUGCCAACAGCUUGUUUUCGACUUCAAGGAUGCAUAUAGUCGUGAAAUGAUAUACGUUUAUUAUACAAAGAGAAAUAGAUCCGAGAAAGUUUCAAAUCAACACUGAUGUCUUCCGGAGAUAGUGCAUAUGUGAGUAUGAUAUUUUAAUGAUAAUUUUAGUACAAGACAUCUUGUAAAACGUAAGCUCACAUCAUUUAAUAGCUAAGUUCAGUUUUGAUAUGAAAUUAUUUCCCUUGAAAGAAUUCAGAUUUAAAACUAAUCCCGAGAUCUACGUGAGAAUCGUGGGAGAAUAUUCUGAAAAGAGGCACGUAAACAUAGUGCAUAACUUUGAUCUUGUUGCAGUGGACGUGAUCUAUUUUGUAUUGAAGUCUUUAGUCCAGUUUCAAUCAGAGGUUGAUAUGUGAUUUCUGACGAAACAAAAUGUAAACAGGAUAUUCGUUAAUGAUCGUUGACUGCUAUGGUGUACAUAUUUGCUUGCUUGUGAUUUUUUUUCGUGUCCAAAUUAUACCCAAAAGAGGCCCGUAAAAGAGUGCAUAUUUUUAACAAAAUUUUUGUCCAAAUAUGUGGAGAUAUAUUGGUUGUUGCAAGCAUUCUAAUGAAGAAGUAUCAUUAUUGGCAUCGAAGCAUCAAAUGCCUUGUUAUUUUCUUUAUGGCAGCUAUUUGCUCUUGCUCCAGCAUUGAGUGUCAGCUGGACAAUAGUUUUUCAGGCUUGUCAUAAAUGAAUUCCUUUUAUCACACACAGUUCACUAACAAUAUACUUUUGUGUAAUGUCUUGACAGAGUGCUCACUUUAUUUUCUCUCAGUCUUUCAUUGAUGCAAGCUUGACUCUUUGACUCCCAGUAGUUGUCAAGACUGAAAUUCUCAAGAAAAUCAUAAUUUUGUUCUGUGGAAUAAAAAAACUGAACUACCACCAGAGAAGUUUCUUUUACGGGAGUGUAGUGUCCAUAUACACACAUAUACGCGUGCGUAAAGCUGAAAUCUGGAAAAAUAUGUACUUUUUUAUUACUUAAAAGCAUCUUUUUAGUAAAUUGUGAUGACCGAUAAAUUAUAACUUUUCCGCAUUAUAUUGGUGUCUUUUUGUUAGUACUUCCUAUAUCCUUUUAUUAUUCCAUAAACGGGUGACAAGAAAUAUUAUAGUGGGGUGAGAAACUGCACACACACAAUUCUGCCCAUAGACAAGCACAAAGACGUUGAUUUGGUGGCAGAUUGAAACAGAGCUUGCUCGUCUGAAGGGCAGCUGUCCGGCUCUUUGCUUGUAAUCUCCUUGAUGGCAUCACUGCUAUACCCUAUUAGUUAGGACCACAUCACAGGUGGUAAUCUCAAAAUCAAAGUGGAUGUUCAGAAUGUACGUGUUCAUGUACUCUCAUAUUUACUGAAAGCUUUUGUCCCUGGACAUCUGCUGUAUGUACUCUUUUUAAUAAGAAUUUCAAAUGUGAUGCUCAUUUUGUGUUUAAAGUGAUAUUAUCAUUUAUGUCAGAAUGAGAAAAUACUGCCAGAAAAUUGGAUAUGACAGCUGUAAAAGAGAAUUUUCCUUCCAGAGUGAAGUGAGAUGAUCAUUAAAUUUACCAUCAGUAGAAAACUAAAAGCUUUGUACAUCAUAAAAUCAAGCUAAAGUUAGUAACUUAAUACAGUUAAAUCUUGGACCAUCCUCUUUGUUUGAAAAAUCUGGAAUCUGCACAUUAAUGAGUGAUAUAUGUUGAAACAGAGGAAUUGAAGUGAAUUCAAGAGGCAACAUUGCAAAAUGCAUCCAUGAAGAACUGAGAGUGGCGGAGAGAGUUUCUUAUGUACAAUGUAUCUAAUGGUAACAUAACUUAUCACCUUACAGUAUUACCGGUUGUUGAUAUAAAAAGAAUCCUGUUUUAAUUUUUGAACCUGUGGUGAUUAUACAUAAUCCAGAUAUUUGAUUCUAUCCUUAUUUCUCUUUCCCAACUAAAGUUACUUUACCUUUGAUUACUCCUAUUUUUUAAUUCAAUUUCUUUAUUCUCAGGAGCUUAAAAUCACAGGAUUCAACCAUCAAGUGUACAUGUACUUUUCCGUCUUUUUUAUUGUAGUUUAAAUGAUUACUAAGAUGUCAUAGAGUUUAUAUCCUUUGAGGAAACUAUUACGCUUUGAUAAACUGUUUAUUUUCUAGUUACUUGUUACUCACUCUACGACAUCUUGGUUUAACGCCAAGUAUUAGACAAUAUGUUUUUCUUUGAAAAAAGUUAAAUUUUAUAUAAAAGGGUGUUGAGGCUAGCUGUUACAGCUCUCCUCGCUGAAAAAAGUGAAAAUAAAAAAGCUGUCAAACUGAACAUAUGUAAUGAUAAUAUUACUUUUGUUUAAAAAAGGUUGAAGAAAAUUUUCGCUCAAGUCCAGAUGGCCAUGGUAUUACACAGUCUGGGUCAUCUCAAGAUGGUAAUAAAAGCUUUAAAUGAUCAAAAAAUUAUUCAUUUGUUGCCUUUUCACUAUUUCACUUUCAGAGUCAUUUACACACACUUUAUAUGCUACAUGAAACACUUACAAUGUUAUAUUUUUUGAACUUUUGAGUUUGCAAACUAAAUUCUCUAGUGCAGCCAUUCAAAUGAAACCUUAGCAGCACUCUUGCAUAGAACUAUUUGAUGUACAUUUGUGUCUUGGGCAUUAUUCACAUUUUACAUUCACUAUUUUAUAUGAAAUUAAAGUUACCCUGAGCACUCGAGGUUUGUUUUGGUUUAAUAAGGUUUAAUUUCACUGGGAACACUUGCCAAGAUUCAGUAGAAACUCUAUAUUAUGAAGGACUAAGGGACUGGCAAAAUUUGGUUUCAUAAAAUAUAGGUUCAUUUUCAUAUAUUUUACUAUUACUGGGGUGAAGAAAAUUGUUCACUAUAUGGAGGACUUCGUUAUACAGAGGCUUGUUAUAUCGAGGUUCCACUGUAAUGCUUUCAUUUGACGAAUGUGAAGUUGCAUAAUAAAAUAAAAUUAAUAUUUGCGUCAAAUUUGUCAAUGGUUGACCCCUUGAUUUUUCUUUCACCACAAAAAAUGAAAUAAAAAAAGAAGAAGCAAUAUUUCUAAAUUAUAAUAAUUAUUUAAACCAGUAAAAGUCUCAGAUGAGAACUACUGAUAUCAAUAUUGUUCAACUUUAUGUAGUUAAAAUAUUCUUCAUAUUAUCUUAUUCACUUAGUGGUCAAAGCAGGAUGAUGUGUUAAGAUGUUAUUUCAUAUUUUUUUAAUUUUAGGUGCAUUACCAACUCCCUUGCAUGCAGCUGCUGUAAACGGAAAUAAAGCCCUUCUUCGAAGAUUGUUACGUGAAGGUGAGUAAAAAGAACACAGUCAUAUAAUAUUAUCUCGAUCAUUUUCAUGAAAAGCAAAGUUCAGGUUCUCCAAAAAAAUUCUGAGUACCAAACAAAAGUUUAAAAAGAAAGUUAAAGAAAUUAUUUGCAGGGUGUAAAAGAUAACUUUGCUAAUGGCAUUAAAUGAACUUUUAAAGGGUUUUAACAUACACUUAUGUCCUUAUGCCGCCCUCAGUUGGGAGAGCACCGGUCUGAUGCGGGUUCAAGCCCGGCCGGACCAACACCAGGUGCUUAUUAUAAAGUGAUAUAAAUUUGUAAUGACAUCUUGUACAUCAUAAAAUAAGGACGAAAAACCGUAGGCCCCGUCUCACAAUCCUUGCCUAUAUUAAUACUGUGGGACUCUCACACACAGAAGUAUAUAUUUGUUAACAUUUUCCUGCUCUUUACUUUUCUUUCAUGUUUUAUAUAUAACCCUUAAAUAUGCUACCAAUGGACUAUGUAAUUUUUGAAUUUAGAAGUCAGCAGUUGUGCAACAUUGAACAUUGUACUUGUACAAUGGUGAAUGAUGUACUUUCCAAAGAAAGUUAGCAUGGUUGGCUGUUCUGAUAGGUGCUUAAGAUUAAAGAUGUCCUUUGAUGUUUAAUGUAUUUCACUUUUUCACUUUAAGAUGAAAGACAAUUUCUUAACAAAGGAGAUCAAUUUGGCCGCACUCCACUGGUGAGAGUCCGUACAUGAACUAUAAUCUAAAGUCAUUAAAAAAAGUUUUAAAGUACUUUCGUCUUUAAAAUGUAUCAAAGGUGGUUACAAUAAUCACAUUUGCUGUUUAUGUGAACAUACCAGUACAUGUACUUCCUCUUGUUAAAUAUAUUGGAGUUGAGGUUAAUCGCUCUUGCAUUAGAUUAGGUGUUAUACCAGUUGAUUGUAUGUAUGUUUUUAUGUAGUACAUUACAUGAUCUGAUAAUUGAUUAGGGAAGAUGUUCAAUUGAUUAUCAUGGGGAAAAAAUUAACAAAUUUCUUAUCGGCAAAUAAAGAUUUUAAAAUCUUUUUGUGCUGUCUUUUUAAUAGUCUUAUAAUUAGAGAAUUUGAUCAGCUGAAAGCACAGAAAAAGUUCUGAGCUCAGUGGUCCACGGUUAAAAACUCAAAACGUUUGUGUUACCCAACAUUAAUUUUACUUUGACUUGCAAAAAGGUGAAAAAUAAUCAAUGGAAUUCUUAUAGUGAGAUUUUUUCUGAUCAUAAACUUUGAUUGAUAAGGUGAGUCAAUCCGAUUAUUUCCGAUGAUUGAUUAUGAAAUCUCAGCUGAUUUCCAACACUAGUAUGUACAUUGUCCUACGUAUUUCACCCCGCAGGGCACAUUUUCUGUACAAAGCAAAUCAAUGUGAUCAGUAUACUUGUAUUAUCAUUUUGAAAUUCCGUGGUUUGUUAAGCAGUAUAGCUAAUCCAUUGUUUUAUUAGGUAUACAGUGUGUUAGGAGACAGACUUGAUUGUGCUGAGACACUUCUUAAAGCUGGAGCCAAUGUAAGAGAAUUUUCUUUACUUACAUUAAGAUUCAUGUAAAUCUCCCCAGUGAUCUUUUUAACAGUUAGGUUACAUUCAUGCAUUUCAGAUUUUCAGUGGAUUGAAUACAUGCCUAUUUCUAAAUUUUCUGGUUCACGGAAAGAGAAAGAGAUCUUGGCUUAAAACCACAUUCUUCAGAUUUACUUUAUGGCCUGUACAUUGCUCACUUAAUCCAAAUAUAUAAACAUGAUUGACGGAAGCAAAAAAAUGCAGUUCAUAACUUACAGCAUAUAUCUCAUCCCUUCAUGAAGAAACUGGCCACGAAAAAUAUCUCUUUAAUACUGGAUGAAUAAUAAUAUUAUCAUUCAUCUAGUAUUAAAGAAGCAAAUCUGUAAUUUAUUUUAUUUUUUGUAUGAAUGUCUUAAUCUAGGGGCGGUGCCUCGCAUGGGAUGUUAGUCCCGUUGCACCCACCCCUUUUGGGUUUUUGCUUCUUUUUUUUUUGUGUGUGUGUGUGUGUGUGUGUGUUGUAUUACAAAUUUAUAUUGUAUUCACUAGAGGACCACCCAAUAAAGCUGUGAAAAAAAAAGCACUUUUUGGGCCGGUUUUUUGUGCCCUUUUUAAAAUGCAGUCUCUUUUUCUCUUAAAACCAUUACUUUCCUUUAGGUCAGCUCAUGUGACAUGGACGGCAGGACUCCCCUGCACUGGGCAGCUUACCAGGUAUCAAUCGACCAACUGUUCUAGAACUGAAAUUCAACAUUUAUCAGAUUUGUCAAAAACAACAUAUUUUAUGAAGGCCAUAUUGCUUGUCAAAAUUUUAUCCUAGCAGGGCCUCAUUUAUUGAUAUUUUCUGAUGACAGGGAAACUUGAAAUGUGUGAAGCUGUUGUUAGCUAAGGGAGCAAACUGGAAAGUAAAAGAUAGCAAAGGAAGGCAAGUUACAAGUUCUUGUUUCUUGGAAACUGCCCACUGACCCCUUCCCUAAUCCCCCCAAAACUUUGACUUCUUGCUUAGGGCAAAGUGUGGGUGAGGGGAUGGGUAGGUGAAGUUGGGGACUUUUCCCAGAAUCUUGUACUGAUCAGAAAGAGCCAGUUAAAAACAACAACAAAAAUGACCUUUAAUAAAAAUAUGACAAGUCAUGGAAACUUUAUGUUGUUGCAAAAUCCCAUGUGACCACAGGGGAAUGGAAAUCUAGUUGAAUGUAUUCAAAAGUUGUGAAAUAAGAAUUAAGGCGGUUCUCAGUCUAUCUGGGAUUUUCCUUUUAGUUUUUGACAGGUAAUUCUAUUUUCUUUUAUUCUGUUAUAGAACCCCACUUCACUUUUCCACCAGCCAUCAGUCUUCUAAGGUUUGUACUUUCCUUCCCAUUCAGUUGUACAGUUUAGUAUCAGUUAAUAGCAAAGACGCGUUUGAAUGACGCACGGCAACUGGAAGUGGACUUUUUUCAUUCUUGAGCUUUAUUUUUGCCCAAAUUUCUGGACAAAUCGUUUCUACAAUAAGAAAGAGACUAAGAAAUACAAUUUUGGUAUUGUCAAUAUAUUUUAAAAUGAAAAAGAUCUCACUUCUGGUUGACGUGCGUAGCUCAAAUUUUUUUUUGACCCUCAUGUACGUCUCAGGAAAUUAUGAGCAUUAGUUAGCUAUAUAAAAAUAGGUACACCAACAUAGACUGUGAAACAUUUGUUCAGAAAUUUGUGAGAAUUGAAAUUUGAGUAUUGUGGCUGCUGUUGCCUUACAAAAGUCGUAGAAAUUACACGUAUUUGUAUAUUAAAAAAUAUAUAUUAUUCCUUCUUCAAGUUAAAAACAUGGAAAUGAGUUUUUGGCUACCUUAACUUCUCUGCCCGUUGACUUGUCUCCUAUGCUUGAUGACAAUGAUUGUAAACGGGAAGUAGUUUAUCAAUUUUAUUCAUGACAUUAUCCAUUAUUUUUGUCUAAACUGUCUGAUAUUGGCAUUUUCGUUAUUUUACAUUACAGUGUCUGAGUUUGUUAUUGAAGCAAGUCCCUAAAGGUGAAGCAGAUGAACUUGAUAGUGACCUGAUGACAUCACUUCACUGGAGUGCAUCGUAUGGCAAUACCGAACAUGUCAAGUUGCUGCUGAAAGCUGGUGCUGAUGUCACACUCACUGACAAAGAAAGUUAGUAUAAUGGAAUCAACUUUCCAAGGCUCAUACAGUCAACUCUCUCUAAGAUAGACUCCUUUGGAACCGCAGGAGCCGAUCCAGAAUUUUUUUUUUUUAUUGGGGCGGGGGGGUCCAAACUUUGGUUCAGAAAGGACUGUUUAACUUUUUUGUGACAAAUUACUUCUCCCCCAUGCCCCCUCCCACCAGUCGUGGUUGCACAUCAUAAUUCCUUGGCCCUUUACCGUGUACUUGAAUUCUACUUGUAAAGGAUGCACCCUUGUAACAUCCUCCUCUUGUGCCAUAAUUGUCAACCAGCUGAGAAAGCAGAGAUGACCACGCUGGAUGCCAUUGGAGCGGGAAAAUACUUCUUUGCGAGCAGAGGCGAACAGAUCAUAGGAGGGUACCAAAAAACAAUUAUUACGUUUUUGAAUAUAUCCCUCAAAUUUAGUUUAUUGCCCAGUGAAAAAAUCAGACAGAUAAAAAGUGAUAUAUGGUCCUGACAAUGUAAGAAUUUCAGUCUCAAAGAAGCCUCAGGUCUGAUGGCUGAUGGGGGUAGGGGGUCUGGACCCCCGGGCCCUCUGGAACCGGCGCUAAGGCACUAAGUGGCCAUGUUAGAGAGAUGUCUGUCUUAUAGAGAGUCAAAUAAAAGAAGUAAAGGAAGGGAGGGACCAAUUCUAGGUGUCAAUUUUACAGAGGUGUCCAUCUUGACAAUCUUGUUUACAAUAGUUCUGAUAGAUAGUAAUAAGCAAACAAAAAACAAUAGAAUUUUCAAAAAAAUCAUCAGUCUGGAGAUUUCUUAUGUUGAAAGACCUUUAUAGUUACUGCGGAAGUGAAGCUCCUGGAAAGAGAAAAUUAAUCCAUAAAGAGGGAGCAGCAUUGCUGAAUACUCUAUCUCUGUAUGUUUUUGUAUUGAUUUAGGUACUUACAGUUGAUUAAUUUCGCUGACAAAAGAGUGGACACCCCUAAAAGACAACUACCUCUCUAAAACAGACACUAAAAGUUGGUCCCUGCCAAUAACCUAAAGAAUGUGCUUGUAAUAAAAAGGUGAUUGUUUAAACGGGUUGGGUUGCCUUAACUUGUAGAGCACAGGAGGCCCAACAUGGCUCUUUUAUCCAACUCUAUCUUGGGCAGCUUUGUAACUGUCUUCAAAAGGCGGACAUUGUCUGUGAGAUCUAAUUGAGUAUUUUUCUCUGUAUUUUAUUAGAGAGAACCCCGCUUCACUGGGCAGCAACAAAUCCUGAUCCUGCUGUUUUGAAACUCAUUUUGGUAAAUAAAAUUUGUAGACAUUAUUAAGCCCAAUAACCUGGAAUGAACAGUAACUGUAGACUUGAAGGGUUGAACUGAGAUUAUCUGAAGCUAACAGGAAUAAGGAUGGGUAUUCUGGGCCUUUGACACGUCCCAGUUAGGAGCAAACCACUUUCCUUUUUUUACUUGUCCAGUGUUUUUGAAUUAAAUCAAGAAUUUAGUGCAUUGUACAACAGCUUGUUUGUAACAGGUCAGAUUUUAAGAAAUCUUUCAGUUGACUUACGUUAUCUAAUGUUGUCUGAAGAUUGUGCCCUCCUGUUACAGUGAUCGUUUCUGAACUAUCCCGAAAAUCUUUGAGAUCUUUAAGGAGGAUAAUCUGAACAAUGUUUUUAUAAUAUGGAAACUCAAAACAAGUUAGGGUAAGAUUUCUGUACAGGCCGCCCAUGCAUUUAUUUUGCAUGCAGCUAUCCCACAGUAGUUGUCACAAACAGUUUAUACGCAUAGAGUCGAAACGUGUAUGUAUAAAGAUUGUAUGGGGCUGUGCAGAAAUCUUGUCUUAUUUUCUACCUAGUCUUACUUGUAUAAUGAUAUAAUUUUUUUCCGCUUUAAGGAUGCAAAUUUUGACAUAAUUAGCCACCAAGACAGCGAGGGUAGAACAGCUCUUCAUUUAGCUGUAGCUCAACAUAAUGAAGCGGCGGUCAGGGCGUUACUGGCUGUUGGGAAGUGUCAAGUAUCCGUUCAAGACAACAUGAAACGUUCACCACUACACUGGGCGGCUGUAUUAGGUUUGUUGCCUUCACAUUAUUAGGAAUUUUGCGCCCGUGGUACUUUAACCAAGGUAAAAGCGGCAACGCCCAAGUUUGUUUCCCGUGUUGGUCACCUUGUGACGUGUGCGUUGUGUCUUUUUACGCGGGAAAUUUCAUAGCUACGGUUCUGAUUGGUUGUUUUUUAUCGUGGGACCCGGGGAUUCAAAAUGUGAACUUUUUUAUACAUUUCCAUGGACAAGCUUAACGGAAAAUUUGUCGCACGAUAAAGUGGUUACACAUAUAGUUUUAUUUUUCCCGGAAAAAAAUGGCCUUGUUCCGUGUGGCAUAGACCCCAAGUUUUAUGAGUCAUUACUCGAGGGUUUUUCACCAAAAAUGUCCCAACAAUCAUCGCGGGAAUGAACACAGACAUUGACUUUAUCUGUGUACCCUCAGGCAACUCUCAGCUGGUGAAAUUAUUGCUGGAUAAAGGAGCAGACUUCACUGCCGCAGAUGACAAUGGAGCCACUGCACUUCAUUACGCGGCUCAGGGUAACUUCAGUGAGACUGUAGAGGUGUUCUUGUCAUUUGAUGAUAUAGAGGAUAUCCCCGAUAAAGAAGGCAGAACAGCACUCAUGUGGGCUGCUGGAAAAGGUGUGUUUUAUUCUUGUCUGUCCAAAGCUUAGAAAAUUCCCUUGAAUCGUGUGAUGGGAUUGGAAGGCUAGGUCACGUUAUUUUCAAUGCUUCUGGCUACAAGCUUUCAGCAGCUCCGUUUAUUGACAAAAUCAUCGCUUCAUAGCAAACACUGAUCACUCCCGAGCAUCGUAAGUCACACCUUCAUGCAAAUUGAGGGAAACUUUUUCUUUGGCGUUACCACAUUUCUCAGUCUUUGCUCUUCUACUCUUUUACUGUUCCAAGCAGUUAUUUUGUUAUGUCAAUCAAUUCUAUCGGCCAUUUGGAGUGUGCUUGUGACUGGGUAGAAUUGCACUGGGGGUCUAGUAGGGGUCGGGUUUUGGUGGACAAAUUUUUAACCAGUUUCCUCCGCAACCUCGCAAUAGCCAAUGAAAGAAGCGGCAGUGUCCCCAAUACACUCCCAUGAUGCAAUUCGAUACAACACCAAUCCAGUUCAACGUGCAACUUAAUAAGAAAAGAAAACUGGGCCGAGUUAACUUUCGCAAAGGCCUCUGGGACUGUGGCAAGGGUUAGGGAAAAAAUUGGCCGAUAGCUGACUGGCGCUUCCCCAUUAACGAUCCCAGAAACACUCGCGGGGAACAUUUCGUCCCCAGUUCUUCGCCCGUUUCUAAAGUGACGAAUUGCUUAUAGUUGUUUAGUAAAUGCCGAAAUUCUCUUUAAGAGCUUGACCUUUAAGUUCAUAGAACAUGGCAACACGCAACCUGACGUUUGUACAACUGAAGUGGUGAUUUUUCUUUCAGGAAGUGAAAUGGCGUUAGAGACGAUGCUAGACCACGAACUUGAUGUACACACAAAGGACAAUACCGAUGGUACCGCGCUUCAUGCAGCUGCGUAUUCUGGUCGCGUGGAUUGUGUGGAGCUGCUUGUUGAAUUUGGAGCCUGCGUUAAUGCUGUGGACAGGUUACAGCACACACCCCUCUUCCGCGCAUGCGAAAUGGGGCACACGGAAGUUGUCCACAAUUUGAUUCUAAGUGAGUGAUUGUUUUUCAGUCUGUUUCAUUAACAAGCGUUUGUUUAAAAAUAGUAGUUUUAGUGUUGCACAUUUUUGCUUUUCUUGGCCCCUCCCCCAAUUGAAGGCAAAAGGGAAUCCUGGGGAGGGAAGUGGGACUUUUCAGUCUGUUUCAUUAACAAGCGUUUGUUUUGGUGUUGUACAUUUUGCUUUUCCUCACCCCUUCCCCUAAUUGACUUCGUCUUGUUAGCACUUUGAUUUUGCUUUCACAGGCGAUAAUAUCCCUACCGUCCUUAAUAGGACGAGUUUGCAUUUCAAUGUACAUUAUUCGUCUCGGAAAUUGGGUCUGCCGCACUAGCCAUGUGUUGUUAACACCUUCAAGGGGUGGGUGGGGGACACCUCUUUUAAGUUUGGUGCUAAUUACCUUUGAAUCUUACUAUUUAUCACAGAUGGGGCGGCAAUAGACCUUGAAGACUUAGACGGUCGAUCACCGCUUCAUUGGGCUGCGCUUGGUGGUCACGCUCCUAUCUGCCUCGCUUUAGUAGAACAGGGUUUAGCUGCAGACAGCAGAGAUAAAAUGAAGUGAGUUUGACACGUGUUUCCUUUGCAAUUGAUUUUCACUUCUUCCUUUCAGUUUACAGUUGUUGGCAUUGCAUGAAAUAAAUUACAUAAUUAGUAUAGAUCAGCAUACACAAAAAUGAAUACUUACCUUGUCCCUAGGCCUCAUCAUUGCCCGCGGACUAUGUGAAAUGCAUUGACCGAGAAGGCGAGGGAAGUCGCUUUACAGAGACUAGGCUAGAUAAAUAUUACACUGACUGAAGAUAUUACGGUGGAAUGUCUGUUUUUCCGAACCUUAAAUUAUCUGGAGGUUUAAAACAUUCGGUUUAAAUUACAGUGUUUGUACUGCGAAAAAUAGGAAGGUUCCAGAAACCGAGGGAUCCGGCGGGACUCGGGAUUCUGUUGUGGUACUGUAAACACAAGAAAGGGCAAAAGAAAGAAAAGGAUAAAUGAUGUCUCCUUCUGAUUUGGGUAUACUUUGUAGUGGGCCGUGUCUUGCUGUCAUCCCCUUCUUACUAGACCCCUCUAGACACGAGUACCUCCAGAAUACACCGGAGACUUAGAGUUUGUCCCUGCCUUUCUACAGUCUACAGUUUCUUAACUGGCGAAUUGGUUUUGUUUGUAGCCGUACUCCGUUGCAAUGCGCAGCUCAUGGUGGGUUUGUUAAGUUCAUGACAGUUUUAAUAGAGCAUGGUGCGUAUGUGGAUCAUCAAGACAAAGACGGCAUCACAGCUUUACACCGGAGCUGUGCAUCGGGACAUUUGGAAGCUGUUAAACUGCUUCUUAGGAACAAAGCAUUUCCUAACUUUACUGAGGGGCACACUGACAGGUAGGUUAAAUCACUGCUAGGGUGGAGAGGGUCGAGUACUACUGAAGAAUAAUCCAUUUUCUGUCUUUUACUGAGGGGGGUACGGACAGGUGUUUGACAUUAAUACCAGUCUGUAGAGUGGUGAUGGAUGUAUAGCUUUUGUAAAUUCCACCUGUACAAGGUAGAGGCACUUGCUUGCAGUUUAAGAAAAUAUCAUUAUGAGAAAGUCAGAGAUUUUUAUAAUAUCUCUUGGGUUUUCACAGAAACUAAUUGAUGAAUCUGUUUUCAAUUCAGAUUGACGCCUCUUGAUUACGCCAUAAUUGGUGACCAUCAAGAUGUUGCUCAGGUAACAAGGGAAAACUUUAUGUAUCAAUAAAAUAGACAAAGGGUAACAGCUAGCAUUUACAAUUUGCGCUGCAAAACCCGAAAUUUCGAUUAAAAUAACAUAAUGGUAAUAGUAAUUCGGUGUUGCUGUAAAACUUUCUUUGUCCCAUUGCCCACUGUUUCCCAUGAAGUAUUUAUCGAGAUUGCUUCCCUUUUGUUCUUUUGAACAGUAUAUGAUCGAGCAAGGAGCCUUAACUAUAAAUGGAAUCGAGGAUAUUGCUUCCACUACUAUUCAGAAAUGCUGGCGCGGUCAUCGAGUGCGCAAAGGGUUUUUAGUCCGGAAAGACCUGUUCGUAAAACACGAACGGGUGAAAAAGGUCAGGAAACGUGCCAGUGUAGCGGGCCAAAGAAAGACUCCGGACUUGUGUGCUAACCAGUCUUCUCGCGGUGUGUCUCCAAGGUAUUUUUUCCUUAUUAUUUGCUUAUAAUGCCCGGAGUAAAUGUCACGUGGUAUACAUGUAGUAGUUGCUCUGGUUUGCAUUUGUACGAUUUGGGAUUAGCAAAAUCUCGCGCCAAUUUCAGCCAAUCAAUUGCAAGACGAAAACAGUGGUGACGAGCCUUCGCGCGUCCUCUCGCGCUUGGCCUUGAAAUUUGAUUGGUUCCCUAGAUGGUCUACAUCUGUUGUGAUUGGACAAAAAAAAGCUUUUGUUUUAAAGUACCCAAUUAAAAAGGCUUAUAACGAUAAAUAAAUCAACGUAAUGGAUCAAUAAGAACUUAAAGUGAUCCCAGGAGCUCCAGGUUACUUCUUGCAAACUGGUUCCAUGUUCCGAAAAAAAUUGCUAUUUUCCGCAAAUUUUCGGUAACAGCCAUAUGGAAAAAGUAUUGAUAUCAUAAAUUGGUGUGUCGGUUAGGUGUUGACUUGUAUUCGUAUGCAGUAGAAUCAUAACGUUUACGGCAAGCUUAUGUUAUUCUCGUGGUAAAAAAUGUAUGUAUUAACGUGCUUUUAUUACACUGUUCCCCCCUUGUCAGAGAAAUAGAAAACUCUACCAUGGAUAGCUCGAGAAGCCACGAAGUCAUUCUGGAGCAGGAACAACAGAGGAGAGAAAGUUUGUCUUCAAGUGAAGAGCAGAGACAGUCUCAGGUAGAUCUCUUGGUUCUAGAGUCCCAGCUGCCAAGAAGCGACGUUGCACAAAAUAUCACGACUGAAAGGAUAGUCGAUAAUUUAUCACAAGGAUUAAGCGAGGAACAAACUAUUUCGACGUCUUUACCCCUUUCACCAAGAGAGGAGGAGUCUAGAAAGCGUUCUCUUGCUAAUUCCGAGCUGGUGAAAAUUGUUUCUUCUGUGUUACUGGACGAAGAUGUGGAACUGGACGAAGGCUUUUCCUUUUCCAGCAGUAAAAGCUCUUUGAAAGAAAGUGCUACAGAAAGUGAUUUUAUUGAUAACGAGCAUUCUGAAUCAAGAGUGACCAAAAUGCACAGCGGUUUUUCAAAGACAGAGCUCGCACGAAAAGAGCGUGAACGACUUCAUUUAAUACGUACGAAAGUGAAUGCAGCGGUAACGAUUCAGCGAUGGUUUAGGAAGUGGACCUCAAUUAAACGCGAACGUAGAGAGCGCGAUAUGAUGAUGCGUGACGUGACAAAAGAACAAGAACAACUCUGUGAAGAAGUCGCUGCUCUCACGAUACAGUUAGCAUGGAGAAAACACAUGAGAACUAAGUUUGAAAAAAAGAAAACCAUAAAUAAAACCGAUAAACGGAAAAAAGCUGCCCCAACUUCUGCAUCAGGAAAAACUGAACAAAAUGAUAUAAAUAUUUACGGGCGUCCUAUUCAAGAAGGACCACAGACAGCUGUUGUAAAUUCUCGCAAGGUUAAAGGACGAGGACGCUCCCCUUACAUGAAGUAUCAACCUUCUCCCGCUGCAUUGUCUUACAACAUGGCAAUGGAUUUGUACCAUCCCCUGGGAUCGAGGCAGGGUAGUCGCACUGCUAUGGUAACUGCUAGCCCAAGAAUGAAAUCUGGGUGCAUGAAGCGAACUUAUGGAUGGACUCAUGAUGCUAAUUUUUCAAGGAAAAUUAAUGGUAAGAGG